CUAGAUGAACUCCUGUGUGCUGAGGAGUAGGUCUGCCUCACACACCUGCUUCCCGUCUGCCAAAGUCACUAACGGCCCAUCCAGCUCGGGUGCAUAUGCCGGGGGGACAGCCGCCAUCAGCCUUUUGGUAUAGGGCAUGAACUCCGCCUUUCCCACCUCGGCUUCGAUGCGCUGCACCUCGGCCUCAGUCAUCCCCGUCACCUCUGCCAGGGACUCGUCGAUGAGGCCGGGCUUGAUGUACUCUAUCACGUUGCGCCUGUGCGGUAGGUACAGUCAAUCAAUGCACACAUGCGACAGACAGGCACAGUCGUGCUGUCAUUUAUUAACCUGUACUGAUCGGUGUAGGCAAGCGCCGCCUCGAGGAAGUCCGCCUUCAGCUGGGAGACGGCAGCAUUCAACGCGGCCUUCUGCUUGCGGUGGCCUAACUUGCGAGGCUGGGAGUCCCUCUGCACACACACGCAGACACACACAAACGCACAGGAGGACAGCGCAUGCAGACAGACACGCAACCCCUCGCCUCCUCCCUCACCUGUAGAGCGAGCUCGUGGCAGAUGCGAUCGAUGGUCUCGGGCAGCCCCUUGAUGUUGUUGAUCUCCCACUCGAUCUCUUUGCGCCACUCGUCACGCAGCAGCUUCUACCGCAGCGGCAUUAGGGCAGGGUCGCGGAUCACCGGAUCACCAUGCAUGGUCAGCCGGAUAACCUCGCUCGGGCGCUUGCCUUUGCCGAACACUCGAGAUGCGGCGAAGCUGACGGCGCAUAUGACCACCGAGUAAGGCGUCAAGUCGAACAGGUAGGACACGGAGCGACAGUUGCCGUGAUCGGGGACUCGACAGAGGAUCUUCCGCCAGAACAGCACGUCGACCACGAUGUUGGUCCGGUUGUCGCAAUUGAUGAAUGGGUAGACGGCGACAGGAAGGCCCCGUGCGGCCAUGUCAAGAAAGGCAGCGAUGGUCGUGGAGAGGACGGCAGCAACCCUCUGGCCGCACAAAACUGACAGCUCUGGACUCAGCCUCGGCGGGCCAUUGGAGUUCAGUCGGGGGUUCGGUGCUGUAAGGGGGAAGAGUUGGUAACUCGGGUAAACGACGCUCUUGUCAUAGAGUAAGGCGCCUGUGUCGCAGGGGGGUUGUCGAUCAGGGUGGCCCCUGGUUGAGAGGCUUGACAUAGCCACAAGGCAAUAGAGCCGGUCGGUCUCGAACGAGGCAACCUCGGGACUCACAGCGACUUCCGUGCGAUGCCCGUAGUCCUCGAUUUCCCGCAAGAUAGCCUGCUGCUUCUGCCGUUGCCGCUUGAAGAAGCUGUCCUCAGACAUCCAGCCCAACAGAUAUUUGACAGCAUGUGGGUUGCCGCGCACUCUCAGGUCAUAGACGUAGAGCUUCCGGCCCCUCUCGCACAUGGCCCUGGUGUGCCGCCCCCUCUCGACGUACUGCCGCAGACACGCCUCACUGCAAUAACGGGGACUGACCUCACGCACACACCGACUGCACACGUGGAAUCGCUGGCCAGGCUCAGGUCGCUUGCCGCACACGAUGCACUGCUGAAGCUCCAUUUCAGGGUCAGCCGUCGAGGCGUCCAUCCGCACUUUGUAGCCGGCCAU